AUGGCAGAAGGGGCAACACUGCUCAAUAUGGAGGAGCCGAAACGGAAGGAUCUGCGGUCCAGGCGCUGUGAAUUGCAGGAAGAGCUGGAGAAUGGCCUGAAAAAUUUGCUACGUUGUGUACCGCCGACUGAGACCAACCUGGAUCAGUUCCGAGCGUUGUUGGAUGACCCGAAAUGGGCGGAACUGAUGGAGCUGGUGAAUCAGAUGAAAACGUGGGACGUGAAGACGACCAUCCCGGAGCCGAAGACGUUUCUCAACCACACACGCUUCCAGGUGCUACUGGCGGAUAUGCUAUCCGACAUCGGCAAGUACGAGCCGUACCUGAAGCUGUUCAUCGAGCGUUUCGAGGCGGAGAAUGAGCUGGUUGCACCGAAACAGCCAACGGGAGGGAAAAAGGGUGAGAACCAGGAGCCCAGACAGGCGAACGUUUCCGGAAAAAUCGACGCCCCGAUACACUUUGCGGUGAUGCAGCUGAACGAAGGAUUUCUGGAGUGGUUGCUGGGACGCUCGCGAACCGAUGUUAACCAGCGCAACAGCCACAAGGAGACGGCGUUGGCGAUUCUGUGUGAAAAGUACGAUGAAUGUCUACGCCAGGGCAAGCAACCCGAGGAUGCGAACGCCCGACUGCCACAGCUUCGGAAGCUUAUAGAGCGCCUGUUGACGGCAGGAGCAGACUUUAAUAUCUGCAGCAUGAGGAAUAAGCUCCCGAUCGAGAUGCUCUACAAGUCCGUUGGAACGGCCGAAGUCAGCUUGGCGUCGGACACAAAGGACUUCGUCCACCAGUGCAUCGAGACGGCUAAGCAUGCGCUGGUGGUGAUCAAAACCGAAGGAAACGUACGUCUCGCUAGGUUCCUCAAUAAUGCAACUAACGUGAACCUCACGGUGGAGCUGUUCGAGAUAUUUCUCCGACAUAAGGACGUGGAGCAGUUUCAAAACUACUGGCCCAAGUUUGUGGUGACGCGAGAAAACGUAAAGAAGGUGAUCCGUCUGCUGCUGCAUACGACCCUGGACCAGAAGCUGCCCGAAUGUCUGCGGUUGGUGGUGGAGAAGAACGAAAAGAUGAUAUUUAAACUGGUUGAUCGACCACAGAAGCAAGCAAAAGAGCGUGCGAAGAACCAGUGCGCGGUAGCUGACCAGCGUAGCAGCGAGAUGGAACAUCGGGUGGAGCUGAAAGGGUUGCUUCGGAAGGCGUGCGAAAUGGGAGACCUGGGAGUGCUGCAGCUGCUGGUGAAGAACAUAACCGAUUUGAUUCUGCUGAACGACGAUCCACUGCUGGCCGUCACGCUGACCAAGGCGCACAAGACCAAGCGCCGUAGUGAGGAUCGAGCGGACCUGCUGGCCUGCGCGGAGUACCUGGCCGACACGCAAACCAUCCACAUGUCAAAGGUCGAUGAUUCUGGCAACACACCGCUUCAUCUGGCGCUUAAGUAUGGCUUCGAGUCGGUGGCGUUGGCCCUGCUGAAGCAGCGGUACGCGUACCUAGGCCUCCGCAAUCGCGACAAUCUUACCCCGCUUGACUACGGGACGUACGAGUUCUGGAAGAGCUACCUGGACCGCUGCAUCGAGGUGGAGGCGGACCGAGGUAACGAUAAGCGCAUGCUACGCUUCAACCUGAACUGCUUCGCACCGUUCACGCACGGCAAGGCGGCACUGUCCGCGACGCAUCGUGGCGGUGGAAAGACGCGAAAGUGGAAGUUUGUGCAGGACGCUACCAGUGCCAACCAUCAACCACGGCGGUACGAGCGAACUGUCACCGAGAUGACCACCGUGCGUCAGAUCGCGCAGAGCAAGGAGCUUAAGCCACUCCUUAUCCACCCCGUCGUCCACACGUUCAUCAUGGUCAAGUGGAUGCGAUUGAGCCAUUGGAACUACCUCAACCUCGUCCUGACAGUUCUUACAGCCGUACUAUUCGGUAGUUUCUCACUAACCGCCUGUUCGCACGAAGGACCGAGCAAAAUACUACUAUGGUUCAGCGCUCUAGCGGCCUUGUUGAUGGGUUUCCGCGAAAUACUCCAAAUGUUGUUCCUUCGCAAGUCGUACAUGUCGUUCGACAAUGCCCUAGAUAUUGCCAACAUUGUCGCGAUGAUCUACGUACUGUGUGACGGUUGCAAGGGACUCGUUUCUUCGCUAGUGGUAAUCAGCCUAGCCUUGCAGGUGACCUUCCUACUCGGUUCACUCCCUUUCAACAGUCUCUCGACAAUGAUGUACAUGUUCAAGACGGUAUCGAUAAACUUCCUCAAGAGCUUCGGGCUGUUCAUCCCGCUUAUUGGGGCGUUCAUUUACGCGUUUUACCUGACGUACAACGAGUCGCCGAUCGAGAGAGCGAAACGGGAUGCCUGCACCGAGGAUGACUGUGUCGAGAAGAACUUCAACAGCUUUCACACGUUCUGGAAUGCGACCAUCAAGACGCUGGUGAUGACGUCCGGCGAGCUCGAGGCGUCCACGUUGGACUUCGACGAGGGCAAGCUGGUGCUGUUUCUGCUGUUCCUCUUCAUCGCGCCGAUCGUCAUCAUGAACCUGAUCAACGGUCUCGCGGUCAGCGAUAUCGCCGCCAUCCGGGAGGAGUCGGAGCUGAUCAGCAUCAGCAAGAAGGUGAUGCUGCUCGAGCAGUACGAACGUGGCGUGGCGAACGUACGCCCGGCCUACCUGCACAAGCUCUUCCCCAAGCCGUUCUUUGCCGAGCACAACAGCUGGAUUCAGGUGCGGGCCAAGGAGUUCCGCAAGAUCGAGGUGCACCGGAAGGACGAACCGACUCGCCCGCACAACACCACCGCCUUUGAGCCGCUCUCCAUUUUUCCCCUGCUGGGCGACGGUUGCUCGAACGUGCUGCUGAACUUCCGGCUGUUUAAGAUCUCGCUGUUCAUGCGGCUCGAUCAGUCCAUUCUGACCGAUGCGCUGGCGAUCCACGAGAAGCGACAUCCGUUCACCCGAACCCCACUAGCGGCCACCGUUACCUCCACGUCUAUUGCGUCGAGCCUCAGCCCUCAGAGAACGCCCAGCCCGCCCGUCACUCCCACGGCGCCGAAACGGGUAGACAUGUUCGCCGCCGGACUUAACGACGUUCACCGGGAACUGCAGGAGCUGAAGAAGCAGAUGAAAACGCUGAUGGAGCAGGUCCAGCUCAAGCCGAAACGGGGCAAGCAGCACGUCAAGGAGAAAGGCCUCCGACGGAAGGCUCGCAAAAGGCUGCGGCGCGGUUUGAGGCAAACUUUGCCGGACCAUCAAACCGGAGAUCAGUAG